GCCCCAAGAGGAGUGGGUCUUCCAUCUGAUUCCCCUGUUAACGGGUAAGGCCCGGGCUGCAUACGUUCACAUGGAUGUUAAUGACUCCCUUAAUUAUGAUGAACUUAAAAUUGCUAUAUUGAGAAAAUAUGAUAUCAACCGAGAAACUUACAGACAACAGUUUCGUUCACUUGACGUUGAACCGAGUGAGAGCCCUAAAGAACUGUAUGUGAGGUUAAAAGAACUCUAUGGGAAAUGGAUGCAGCCAAAAAGUAAGUCCGUUGAAGAAGUUGGAGAGGUGAUUAUUAUGGAACAAUAUCUAAGAAUGCUUUCUCCUGAGCUCCAGGUUUGGGUGCGAGAACAUGAUCCACAGACCGCUUCACAGGCUGCUACACUGGCUGAUGUGUUUGUGGCAGCACGUAGAGGGAGUCAGCCCUGGUGUUGGAAGUCAAGCCGGGAUGAUAGGAAAUCAACUUUUUCCCGGCCGGUGAUUCGGAAUAUCCCCAAUGCUGGCACCGUGUAUGCUCCCCAGCAGAAACGGAAAGGCUCCCCUCAAUGACCACCGUGGAGGUGAAUGGAAGGGAAGUGGCUGCCCUGGUGGAUACAGGAAGUGAUCAGACUCUAGUCCAUCUGAAGUGCAUUUCCCCAGCUCUCCUCCGCUACAAUGAGAGGAAGGCUAUUCGCUGUGUACAUGGUGACGAGAAGCAGCUACCCACGGCGGAGGUUUAUCUGAAGGUGAAGGGACAGACUUA